UACACAACUCACAUUUAUUUUCAAAAUAUUAUUGAUAUUUUAGAAGAGAGCCACACAUUUUUAUCAAUUUUGACUAAAAAAAUAAUUAAGUCAUUAUUGUCAACAAUCAUAACUUCUUAAAAUAUAAUGAAGUAUUUUAUUAGUUUACUUUUCAUAUGUCUAUUCAAAAAUUCGGUUUGUCUUGACUAUGAUGGCUGGUUAAACAUUAAACUGGAGCACAACAUAAAUUGUAAAAAUGAGAAGUUUUGUUCUCGUGGUAAUAUUUCUUUAAAAAGCAUUCGGGCCGGAACAGCUAUUAUAGGUCAAAUUUCUUUUAGUAAAAAUCAUUUAGCUGAACUCAAGGAACUUGCUGAUAUUGAUGGAUUUUAUUCAGUACGGAGUGUAGUAACAUCUGCUGAUAAUAAAGAAGUAGAGUUUCAAUCAUCUGUAAAAGCAAAAUUGUUUCUAGAGAACAGACUAUCAGAUGUUAUAAGUGCAUGGAUUUUGCCUAAUGGAGAUGUGAUUGCAGUCACUUUCCAAGUUAACAAUUCUCCACAAAAUCAUACGUUGCAAUAUGACAAGGCAGAGUACCCACUUCAUUCCAAUUUCUAUGUUCGUCAUGUGGAUCAGGCCCCUGUUCCAGAUACAGCUACAUAUAUACAGAAGUUGGAACGGGAAAGAGAAGCAAGAGAAAAGGGUGAUAUGAAGGAUAAUAGAUCAUUCUUAGCCAAAUAUUGGAUGUACAUUGUGCCCAUUGCUAUUUUUGUAAUGAUAUCUGGUGCAACAAAUCCCGAACCUGCCCCUCAAGCAUCAAGAUAAACUAGCUUAAUAUUUAAUUUAUUUAAUUAUGUAUAUAUUUAUUAUUUAAUCCUACUAUUAAUACCUGUAUACCACAAACAUUAUUAUGAUGUUUCACCAUGCGUUCAAACAUAGACCUAAAUAAUAUUUCAGUAUGGUUCUAACUUCUAGUAGUUAUAAAAAUAUUAAUCAAAUAUAUUAUAACCUAAAACCAACCUCAAAGUAUUUGGUUGCCAUGAAAAAUCAUAGAAAUGUUUGUGAAUUAAUAUUAAUAGUAUAGGUACUAUAAUGUAGAGUGAAGUGUUUUUUCGAAUUCAAUAAAGAGGUUCAUU